AUGAGUUCAAGUAACACCAUUCCUGACCCCAUUUAUAUUUCAUAUGAGCCAACUACUCCACCAAGCCAAGGGAGGCCUGAUUCACCAGUUUAUGCUAAUUUACAAGAACUGAAAAUAUCUCAGUCUGCACUUCCACCACUACCUACAAGUGCUCCAGUCCAAAUAAAUGGGGAAUGGGAAACCCAUAAAGAUACAACAGGACGCUGUUAUUACUACAACAGAGGAUCACAGGAACGAACCUGGAAACCUCCACGUUGGGCCCGAGAUGCAAGCAUUAAUAAAGGGGAUUCCCAGAGCCAUGCAGAUCAUGAGCAUCUUUCAUCAGAAGAAAACGACCACAGUUCUUGUUACAGCCAGUCAGAUAGUCAGUACGGUUCUCCUCCAAAGGGUUGGUCAGAAGAGUUGGAUGAACAUGGUCAAACCUUAUAUACCAAUGACUAUACUAAUGAAAAGUGGUUAAAACAUGCAGAUGAACAAGGUAGACCAUACUACUACAGUGCUGAUGGCUCCCGAUCAGAAUGGGAGUUACCAAAGUAUAAUGCUUCACCACAGCAGCAAAGAGAUAUAAUAAAGAGUAGGAGUCUGGACAGGAGGCUACAAGAACCAAUAGUUUUAACAAAAUGGAGGCACAGCACAAUUGUGUUGGACACCAACGAUAAGGAAUCAUCAAGUUCUUCUAAGGCCAGUUUUCCUGAAAAUGAGUCCUCUCCUUCUUCACCGAAGCAUCAAGCCACAGGUCAAGAGAAGUAUGGAUUAUUGAAUGUGACAAAAAUUACAGAAAAUGGAAAGAAAGUUCGAAAGAAUUGGAUGUCAUCCUGGGCGGUAUUACAAGGUUCAUCACUGCUGUUCACUAAAACCCAAGGAAGUGGAACUGGCUGGUCAUUUUGCCAAGGGGGCUCAAUCCCUGAGCUCUUGCUCUCGCUGCUUUCUUCUUGGAAAAAUGCUCUCAGUCGUCGACCUGCUGUCACCUAUGUAAACUCUGCCCAAGUUUCAGCUAUCAGUAAGUUUGGUGUGAAUCAGUCCAAGCCAGAAUUUACAGUGGAUCUCAAAGGGGCAUUGAUUGACUGGGCUUCAAAGGACAAAUCCAGCAAAAAGAAUGUUAUUGAGCUAAAAACCCGCCAGGGAACUGAGCUCUUAAUUCAGUCUGAUAAUGACAGCUUCAUUAAUGAAUGGUAUAAAGUCCUUAACUACACCAUCAACAAUCAGGUAGUAGAAUCUGAUGAAGCAUUAGAAGAUGAGGUACCAGAUUCUCCUGGGGUGGAAAAACAAGACAAAGAAAAAGAGAAUAAAGACUCUAAGAAACUUCGUUCAGUGAAAAUACCUAGCAAUAUAGAUGCCACAGAUCAGAAAAAGACCAAAACGAAGCUCAAGAAGUUUCUCACACGACGACCUACAUUACAAGCUGUCCGUGAAAAAGGCUACAUUAAGGAUCAAGUGUUUGGUUCCAAUCUCACCAGCUUGUGUCAAAGAGAAAACAGCACGGUGCCAAAGUUCGUGAAGCUGUGCAUUGAGCAUGUUGAGGAACAUGGAUUAGAUGUUGAUGGCUUAUACCGAGUUAGUGGUAAUCUUGCAGUGAUACAGAAGCUAAGAUUUGCAGUCAAUCAUGAUGAGAAACUUGACUUGAAUGACAGCAAAUGGGAAGAUAUACACGUCAUCACAGGAGCUCUAAAGAUGUUUUUCAGAGAACUGCCAGAGCCGCUGUUCACUUAUAACCACUUCAAUGACUUUGUCAAUGCGAUUAAGCAAGAACCGAGACAGCGUGUCAAUGCUGUUAAAGAUCUAAUCAAACAGUUGCCAAAACCAAAUCAGGACACUAUGCAAGUACUCUUCAGGCACCUGAAGAGAGUUGUAGAAAAUGGAGAAAAGAACCGAAUGACCUAUCAGAGCGUAGCAAUAGUUUUUGGUCCAACCUUAUUAAAGCCAGAGAAAGAGACUGGUAACAUAGCAGUCCAUACAGUGUACCAGAACCAGAUUGUAGAAUUAAUUCUACUGGAAUUGAAUGCCGUCUUUGGACGCUGACAUUUUCAUGGAGUGGAAACUGGAAGUGAUGGAUUGGAAGCAGUAUUCCAUCAGGAGGAAAAUCUCUCACUGUAUAUGAUGUAUUAUGUUUGUGGACCAAGAAGCAACUUGAUUUUUGCACUUUUGGGGGAGGGAAAAAACAGGAGAAGUGUUUUACCACUUUAAAGCAAAUUAGACACAACACUUUCCUUGUUUGGAUUUCUUGAAAAAUUCAUUGUAAAAAAGUGAAUUAAAAAGUUUAUAGUUUG